ACAGUGGUAUCGUAAUCUGUAUUGAUUAAAAUGUAAAUUGCGUAUGUAUUUACUACAUUUUAUCGCAUGUUAUUGUGUAUAUUUGAGGGAGAGACGGCGAAUGUCUUGGUAGCUGUGGAAUAUGAUAUUACCAUGCCCGAGUCACAUAGAAGGCAUGAUAACGUUUCGUAAAUAGGUAUUAUUGACAUCGUAAAAUAAUAUAAGAUGUAUAUGCGACUAUUAUUGAUAUAACUAUCUGUAAAUCUUUAUCUGUUACUUCAUUGUCAACAUGGUUGGUCAGCGUUAUACAAAACGGUGCCAAUAUGAAUAGCGUGGUGUUUUAGAUUUAUAGUUUAGUGACUAAUUUGUCGUGUUAACUAUAUUUAAUUAAAGUUCAGCAUGGCAGGUAACAAGGUGAAUACCAAAACAAAAGCUAAAGAAGAUAAGAAUAAAGCUAGUUCUAAGAGUAUUGGUCAAAGUGGUGAAGAAACUGAAGAAACAGACUUUGCUUUGCUUAGAAAACCUAUACCUACUAGUAUAACAGGGUUUGGCCAAGCAAGGAAGAUUUUUGACUUGGCUACAGAAGAACUCAAAGACUUAUUAUCAAAUGAGUGUGAUUUACUAUAUGAAUGCAAAGUGUGUCGAAAUAUAUUUAGGAGCUUAGCAAAUUUCAUAUCUCAUAAACGUGUUUAUUGUAAAGAGAAGUUUAGUUCUUCGUUGCAUAGCCAUUUUAUCAAUGCUACUUCAACGUAUACUGAACUGUUGAAAAUAAAACAUUUGGAGCAAGGGUAUCAGGCAUCUUUGAAGGAGAAUGUUGAAAAUGAUAAGGAAACUGAUGAUGCAGAUGACAGAGUGCCAUUGACUAAGGAUUUGACAGCAAUAGUUGAAAAAAUUGCCAAAAACAAAGGAGUAUAUCAAAAUAAUAAUGAGGAACCGGAAAUUGCUUUGCAAAAGAUACCAAAUAGUUCUGUUGCUGUCUUCCAAAGUGUUCAGUCUUCCGAGGAUAGACAGAAUGAAAAUAUGAAAGCGCAAGUAAAUGAACUAGACAGUAUCCUGUCAAGGGACAUCGCUGUCCUGCAAAGCGAUGGCAACUUCAAAGUGAAGAGUUCAGUGUCUGAAGAAUCUGAUAAUGUCAUACAAAUAAGUGAUGAUGAGGACAACAAUGAUGUUACUAAUGUACUUAAAUGUAAAAUCUGUGACAUGCAGUUCUCCACUCAAAAGACUUUGAAGUUCCAUAUGAAGUACAAACAUGUUGAAACACGUCUCGUGUAUCCAUGCCCUGACUGUCUGGAAAUUUUCUCCACAUCCUGGAGUGUCUACAGACAUCUCUUCAAGGUUCAUAGAAAAACUGCUGCACAAAUCCGAAGGCUGAGGGAAUCGAUACAAGCGAAAGCUUUCAAAAUGAACAAUCCACCAGCUUUCUAUGAAAAGCGUAAGAAUAAUAUGAAGUCGGUUACUGCACAGAAAAUUUCUGAAGAAGAAAGAUUGGAACAGGAGAAUCAGGCGUGGAUGGACAACCUGGAGUGCGACGGGUCGGCGCCGCGCUGCGGCGGCUGCGGCCGCACGUUCGAGCGCCGCGCCGCGCUCGCCGCCCACACGCACACCUGUCCGCCGCGCUCGCGGGCCCUCGCGCGCCGCCCGCACGAGACCAAGAAGAUCGAGAUACAGAUACGCAAGGACUACCACAAGGGACCCUCUGUUCACUUAAACUUGCCCGUCAAAGCUGAUGCUAACGAAAACAAAACCACUAAGGAUGAGCAGCAAGCUAUACCAAAACCUAAAGAAGAAGAAAAACAAAUUGUGAUCGAAGACAAAGAAGCUGAUGAAGACAAGGAUGAAGAUGAUGAUAAUAAGGAGGUAGAAGAUGCGGCAAUGGACGUUAGUGACGAUGAUAGCAAAUCCAACGAUGCCCCAGAAUCUCCAGAUAAAGUGCCUGAAAAACGACAAAUAGAUCCACCAAAACUUAAUAUCAGAUUGCCUUUCGCUCAUCAAGCAGAAAAAGGCAACCUAGCAGCCUUCAGACAAAGAAUUCAAUCAGAGAUAGAAAUAACCAAAAUGUUAUGUAAAAGAUGUGACGCUCAAUUUGGUGAAACACAAGAACUGUACGAUCAUGUAGCGGAACACGUCAAAUGGAUGCGAUAUGCUUGCAAGCUGUGUAACUUCAAGCAUUACUACUUUGAAAAGUUACCUGAACAUGUAAAAGUUGUUCAUAAACUGAAAGGUGAUAAAGAUUUUUAUUACAGUACUGUGAAAGCCAUUGAUGGUCCUGAAGCUUUAGAACUGUGUGAGUCGACGGACGAACUGCCUGAUGCUGCUGAAACAAGUCCAGAGUCGAGACGGCCUAGCCGAUGCUCCAGCGAUUCCAGUAGAUUAUCUGAUGACAGUUCCUCAAGCAGCACCCGAGUAGAAGGAUUAAGUAGAAAGAGAAAAGUUUUCCACACCAAAACUAAUGCGAAAAAGAGAAAGGAAUUUGUUAGUAAACCAAUUCAAGACAAGGAUGGAGAUUCUUCCGUGGACAAAAGUAUCAAUCUAGACAACUAUUCAUCUACUACUGUCAAAAACUUUGAAGAAAAUUCUUCUGACUUGGAUGACAUUGAUGCUAAAAAGCAAUUAUCUAACGAAAACGCGUCAUCUGUCGCUUCUAGAAGACCAGUUAGGAGAAGAACGAAACCUAAGAAUGCAGACUUUGAAUAUGAUUUAUCAAAUUUACUUAAAAUGGAAGCGCAAGGUUAUAGAGAUUCUAUUUCAAUGGCUACUGCCAAAUCAGGACAAACCAAGAAAAAAGCUCAAGAGGUACAAAGUAACUAUGAUAAUAUUAACAAAGAAUGCUGUGGAGCACUGAUCACAUUGUCAAAGAAGUGUGUUGAAAGAGCCAGUGCACAUAUAAAAACCGAUUUCACUACGAUUUGCCCCCAAAAAGAUAUAAGACUACCAAAUGUAUUUGUUAGACCAAUGUUACCUAAGCUUAUUUCGAGAGGAGAUAAAAUAUCUCCUAAGAAAGAAAAUAAUGAAGAUACGAAAGAAUCUCCUAGUCCAGUAAAAGAAGUGCCUGAAAAAGCUUCCACAGUUAAAAAUGUUCCUGUUGAAGAAGUUUCCAAAGUUAAAGAUGAAGGGAUAAAUUCAAAGCCCGAAUUAGUUGAAACUGCAGUUGUAAGUGCAGUUUCCUCUAAAGAACAAAAUAGCAUAAAACCUAUUAUUCCUGAAAUAAUUAAACCGAAAAGUCUUCCUUCGGUUGUUCCUUUCAAGUUUCGUCGUCAGAGUCUAGAAGUUAUGAAAAAUCCUAUUAUAAAUAAAAAUAUUUCGGAUUUCACAAAAUCCGGAUUGAAAACUAAAAUACUAGUCAUCAAGCCAAUCAACAGAAAUAAAGAUGGGACACAAGUGUCUCCACUUAAAUUCCAAACAAUAAAACUGAAAGAUCCAAAUAAAAGGAAUUCGAGUGAGGACCAAGAUCAGGUAGUCGUUGUUAAAGUUCCUAAGGUGGAAUGCGCUAUAGCUCAACCAAUUAGUAAAGUACCUAAUAAAAAUCAAGAAACAGCAUCUCCGGCGUCUUCCGAAACACCAGUAGAAACUUCAAAGCCAGCAAUAACAACACCGACUGAAAAUUCAAAAUCAUUAACACCUGAAGAUAUAAAUAAUGAUACGUCUGAUACUACUGUAUCAGAUACUAACGUAGAGAAAAAUGUACCCACCGACAUUGAAGAAUGCAUUUCAUUAGAUAAUGACACUAUGGAUUCGAAAUCUGAAGACAGACUUCUUGAGGACGAUGAUGAUGAUAUUGUAGAAGAAACUAUUGACGAAUCUGUAAUAAGUAAGGAAACGGCUACAGAAGUUAUUGACACAACUGUAUUAUAGACUUUAUAUAAAUUAAGAAAUGACGGAAACAUUUAUUUUAGUUUAUGCUUUAAAGCACUUUUGUUUAACGUUUAAAUCAACUAGAACCUACGCCCUUAGGUAGAAAUAACAAAUUAAAUAGAUAUUAAGAAACAAAUUGUUUAUUUUCAUUUAUUUAGGUUUUUACAUUAAUUUGUAUUGUGUCCCCGAUCUCUGACGUCAUCUUCAGGUCCCAAGGUCAGGUUUAUAUUCGUUUAUCGCUUAAAAACUCCCAUGCUGAGACGUCUGGAGGUCAAUUCUGGGAAUUGACUUUCUUUCAAUUCUUGAAUUUUAAAGUAAAAGUCUAUUUUUUAUCGCGGCUCCGCCCCGGUUCGGGUCGCGUUAAUAUUGCUCACGACUAAAGACGUCUCACCCACGAUGAGAAGAGUCAUUUUGAUGAUUUUGCCCCUUAAUGAAAAUGCUAGUCAAGAAAAUCUACCUUUGGUGGUUGAUAAUUUUGAGGUGUAGGAGACUGCAGGGCAAAGUAUUAUUCGGUU